CGAUCGCCGCUUGAAAAGCAGGGGAGUGCUUUGUCAUAACAAGGCGGAGCCCUGUGAUGAAACAGCGAGUUGAAGUCCUCGGCCUGCAUGAAAUGCCGAAUGAAGGCGAUCUCUUUCGGACAAGCACUGCCUGGUUCAGGCCCACCUCCAAAAUUUAGAUAAUGAGACUCUGCCCCGAGAGCUGCAGCAUUAAACGCUGCUGACUCUGUUCCGCGAUAGAGAGUCGCAUUUCUGAUGUUGUCGAAAGAAAAAGAAACUUGCCAGAACUUUAUUUUUUAUAGAAAGAGAUCGUUGUCGUUUGCACCCUUGACUAGAAAGCAAAACUCUUUCGUCUCACUGUGAUUCUCCCAUCUAUUCCCACCCACCCAAGAAAUGUACCUUAGUUUUUCUUAGGACUUUCCAGAUGACUUUUAACACUGAAGAAGCCCACAGUAUUGUAAAGGACUGCAUAGAAGGUGUUCUGGGCAAGGCAGAUUACAAUCAUGACAAAGUUAAUCAUUGGACCGCAGCUAUAGUAGAACAGUCUCUAACACAUCUGGUAAAACUGGGGAAAACAUAUAAAUACAUUGUUACAUGUGCAGUGAUGCAGAAGUGUGGAGCUGGUUUGCACACAGCAAGCUCAUGUUUUUGGGAUACCACAACUGAUGGUACCUGCACAGUCAGAUGGGAAAAUCGAACAAUGAACUGUGUUGUGAAUGUUUUUGCUGUAGCCAUUCUCCUGUAGCCAGCUGAACAAGGCACUUUAAGUUACACCAAAGCCUUUAAGAACAAACUAUCAAAUAGAGUUCAGUGUAAGAAUUAUUUUAAAAAUGUAGUAUUUAUACACUAAAGUGAUAUGAACUAUGCUUUUAAGAGGUCUCUGCACAAAGUGUAUAUGAUGGUAAAAUAUUGUUAACAUAUAUGAUGGUAAAAUAUUAUUAACAUAUAUGAUGGUAAAAUAUUAUUUCUCAGUUUAGCCGGCCGGAAGCUUCCAAAAGGCAACGGUUCAAACGUUCGAGAUCUGUGAAUCUUUUUCUCCCAUUAAGAACAUCCAUGUUUGCACCAACAUACUGAUGCUGCCGUUCACAGAGGUUUAAGAAAAGCCUAACAGUGGAAGAGACUAUGAUAUAUAAAUAAUACACUUUGUGUUGAGUAACAGAUGUUAAUGGUUUACAGUAGUAAUUUCAUGCUGUUUCAUAGACUUCCUUCGAAGUUUAUUACAAUUUUUUUCAAUAGAAUGGCAGACUAGCUUCCCUUCAGGAUAGCAUGUCCACCUCUGCAAAGUGGAAUUUAAUUGGAGUGCUAGUAUGUUCUAGGGCCCCCGUUCUGGUGGUGAGGCCCUAUAAGGCCCAAGCCAGUACCUCAUGUGAAGUGAAAGAACACUUUCGGCAUGCACUUUUGAUUCCAUGUGAGAUGCUAUGGAUUUUCUCAGGGAUGCACAAUAUUCCCUCAGAGUAGUAAGAUUGAUUAUCACAGCUUUUGGGCUGCAAAUAAGGCUAUUUGAUAGUGCUUGUUAUAGAAUAUUUCAAAGUAUGGCAAGAGGACAGAAAAAAACACCUGAAGGUAUAUUUUAAAAAUUUCUGCUGUUAAGGCACAAAAUACUCACAGGCCAAAGCACCUGCUUUUCUCAUACAUAUCAUGAAUGUUCUGCACGUGAAUGUAGUUCUGGUCCUGCAACCAGUAGCCAUCAGCACUUUGUUUUAUAUGCUGUUGAGACUUAUUCUUCAGGGCUCUUAAGAUUUAUUCCCUAAGUUAGAAAAAAAUUGGGUUAACCCAGUCUGCAGUAUGCGGUAGUAAUUGACAGCUCAGUGGGAUAUCAACAGAAUGUAAUAAAAAGAAGAGUAAGCACAACACCAUGGAGCACGUUAUAACUGCAUUAUAGUCAUGUUAUGCCACUGAAGAGAUUCAAACAUAAAGACACUUAGGACUGGGAUAUAAAAUAUCGGUAAAGUUGUGUAAUCUUCAUUAUCUGGCAUAUAUUUAAACAGAUGUUCUGAUUAAAUAACAGCCUUUCCCCUUUGAAUUAUUGUAUAGUGAUGUGCCUUAGUCAAAACAAUAUAGAAAUCAGGAUUCAUAUGUGGAACUU